AUUACUCGCUAUCGUCACUGCAUUGCCGCAAAGCGUUUUUUUUCUUCUUCCGAUGCGUUACUUUUUCAGUGCAGCGUGAACCUCCUAAGAUCGAUCAUGUCUAGCUUUUCUUAGUUUAAUCCUAUACUUUUGAGUCAACAUGAUGCUGCUUUUCAGGCGGACCAAUGCUCUUUUCAAGCUUAACCGAUGCUAUAGUCUUACAUCCAAAUGGACACCGGCACCUACUUGUCAAACAAUGUUAUUUCAACAAAAUCACACUAUGCCGCAAGCUAAUAGAACGCCUGAAACACUCUUCGAACACAGCAAAUAUGAUGAGCUUGAUACAAGACUAUUGCUCGAACCGUACGUGUAUACUUUCAGAGUUCCGAAACAGGAAUCAAGAACAAACAUGAUUUAUGGCUUGAACAAAUGGAUGAAUAUUCCAGCAGAUAAAGUUGACCAAUUCAUCGAUUACUUUGCUUUAAUGCACGACUACGUUAUGAUAUAUGAUGAUCUCUUGGACAACACCGAACUGCGUAGAGGUAUUCCAGCUGUUCACAGAGUUUAUGGAUCGAACAGAACAAUAAUCGUUUGUGAAGGUCUAGCAUUUAUAAUGCUACAGAAAGUAAUUGCGAUGAAGAAUGCUGAAGCGCUACAAGUAUACAGUGAAGGAAUGAUUCGGUAUCAUAAAGGAGAGGCCUUCGAAAAUUAUUAUCGGUUUAAUUUUAAAGUUCCAACUGUGGACGAAUACAUGCACAUUGUUGAAAUAAAAUUGACAGCACUUUAUUAUACAGUAGUUCAGUUGAUGCAAGCCUUUUCAAGCAACAAAACAGAUUUCAGACCUUUUACCCAAGCUUUUGGCUACUAUCUUAAAUUUCAUAAUGAUUAUUGCAAUCUUCAAGAGAGAAGUUAUUGGGAAACCAAGGGUUUCGCGGACGACAUUACGGAAGGAAAAUUUAGUCUUCCGAUAAUACACGCCAUUCAGAGUGGUACUUAUGAUGGUGAAGUUGUACGACAUAUAAUGUUCCAAAAAACAUCUGAUGUUGAUAAGAAACACUAUGUUCUCCGUUUACUAAAGAAGCUUGGUUCUCUUGACUAUGCAAAAGAAGUUGUACAAUAUAGCGAGAAGCGAUGCAGAGAAGAAAUUGAAAAGCUUGGCGGAAAUGACAUACUAAAUAAAAUGAUCGAUGAUAUCAACGAUUGGAAAAACGACGAAUUACCGAAGGAUCCCAGCCUCAAGUUAACAUGAUUUCAAAAAGUUUCCAACCGUUUGUUAACGGUUGGCUUAUAUUGAGGACAAUCGGUGGCUUACGGAGUUGCCCAAUAAUUAGUAACCAAGUAAUUUUGGUUGGGUUAUUUUCUACCAGGAUUAUAUCAUUGACAAUUAUAUCCCAAAACGUUGAAUUGUAGUAAAUUGGUUCUAAGCGAGAUCAUUCAAUUAAUUGUGAAAGUAUUAAUAAAUAUAUCUUUAAAUAUAAAGCA